CUCUCCCAAGGAGUUAGGAUUGUUUGGUAAAGAGUGAGUACCAGUAUUUUGUAAGAAAACUAGACAUUUAUUACAUGUUGGCCUUUUGAGGAGCACAUCACGAUGCCUUCAUCACUCAAGUCAAAUAUUGAUUGACUAUGUCAGAAUUCCAAUUAUUUCAAUAGAGUGAGUAGAUCAUGCAAUAUAUACACUAUCUGUCCAGAAUCAUCUAUUAAAAAUGUAAUAUGACUUCUAGUCUUUAUACACCACUAUCCCUGUUAUGUAUUUAAUAUUUCAAUAAUAUAACUAAUCCUGUAUACAUCUUGGUUGACCGAGCAUUCUUAUUCAUUUAAAUUACGGGUUAUGUGUUUUUAAAAUGCUUUAAUUACAUACAUCAUUGCACUACUGUGUGAUACGUGCGCAACUCACUUAAAGUAAACUAAACGAAUAUUCUCAGACUCCUGUGCAUUUCUUUGAAUUAGUUUAAUUUUAAGUUACAAAACAUAACAAUCCCCUGUCAUGAUGCUCUUCUUUCCACAAUGGAGUUCCAACCAGCUCUUCCCCCACCAAUACAAUCCUCCACACAGGUCCCAGCUGGAAACGAUGGGAUCUAGGUGCUCCUUAUUGAAUAUUCCAGACAGGAGCCAACUUGGACCAUAAUAAACUCCCUAAUGACCAGGUUUCCUUUAAUCCUGCAAGGAUUAAAAUCACCUUCUGAAAUUACUAUGUCGUUCAAUUUACUGGGCAUCUGUGGUAUGAUGAUGAAGACAGCAAGACUUUUGUAAUCAGGUUGAAAGUUGUAUUAUAAAUUCUAUACAAUUUAUUAAGACUUUGGUGAUAUGUGUAAUAUCAUUAAAUUUGCUAUAGUGAUUGUCAUAUGAUAAAGUUGCUCAUGUUGAAAAGGAAAUUUUCCCCACAGAUGGAGAAAUCUUCUGAUGGAGUAGGAAGUAAUCUAAAUGCCAAAACUGGGAUGUGUAUAUUUGCUGUUGCCAGGCCAGUAGAACAGCGUGACUGUGAGAGCAUUAUCUUUCUCAGAGCAGGUCUGCCUUUUGAACCAUGAUCAUGAGUGGUUUUAUAGGAAAUUGAUGACUCCUAGAGUUGUUCUUCCCAUGAUUCUCCACUCUCAGAGGGGCUAUGAAAGUUAGUCACAGUGGAGAAACAGGCCCUUUGGCUCCACUGGCCCAUGCUGACCAAGAUUCCCAUCCAAACUAGUUACAUUUGCCUGUGUUUGGUCCAUAUCACUCUAAACCUCUCCAAUCCAUGUACCUGUCCAAAUGCCUUUUAAAUGUACCUGCCUCAACCACUUCCUCUGGCAAUGGUUUUGAUACACUGAUCACCCUGUUGUCCCUCAAAGUCCUAUUAAAUCUUUCCCAACUCACCCCUAACCUAUGCCCUAAAGUUCUUGAUUUCCCCAGCCAUGGGAAAACAGGACUAAACCCAUUCACCUUAUCUAUGCCCAUCAUGAUUUUAUACAUCUCUGUAAGAUCAUCCCUCGUUCUCCUAUGGUGCAGUGAACCCAGUCCGAACCUGUUGAAAUUUCCCCAUCACUCACUCCCAUAACAUCUUCAUAAAUCUCUUCUCUGAGUCAAAACCAGGUUUAUUAUCACCGGCAUGUGACAUGAAAUUUGUUAACUUAGCAGCAGCAGUUAACUUACCUAUACUUACUACGUUAUGGGUAGUUAGUCUUAUCUUUGCAUAUUGUUAUAAUCAAAGGAUCCUACACCCAAACGUAAACAGAGCAAUAUUGUAUGUGCCAUCUGGUGCAAUGAGAACUGCACGGUGUAUCGGUGAGACCAAACAACUGGUUCACAAACGGAUGCCAGAUAGAGUUCAACCCAGAUAGGUGUGAGGGUGCUUCAUUUUGGUAGGUCAAAUAUGAUGGCAACAAUCUUGGUAGUGUGGAGGAUCAGAGGGAUCUUGAGGUCUGAAUCCAUAGGACACUCAAAGCUGCUGUGUAGGUUGACUCUGUGGUUAAGAAGGCAUACAGUGCAUUGGGUUCAUCAAUCGUAGGAUUGAGCUGAGAGGUAAUGUUGCAGUUAUGUAGGACCCUGGUCAGACCCCACUUGGAAUACUGUGCUCAGUUCUGGUCGCCUCACUACAGGAAGGAUGUGGAAGCCAUAGAAAGGAUGCAGAGGAGAUUUACAAGGUUAUUGCCUGGAUUGGAGAGUGUGCCUUAUGAGAACAGGUUAAGUGAAUUUGGCCUUUUCUCCUUGGAGUGAUGGAGGAUGAGAGGUGACCUGAUAGAGGUGUACAAGAUGAUGAGAGGCAUCGAUCAUGUACAUAGUCAGAGGUUUUUCCCCAGGGCUGGAAUGGCUAGCACGAGAGGGCAUAGUUUUAAGGUGCCUGGAAGUAGGUACAGAGGAGAUGUCAGGGUAAAUUUUUUUUACGCAGAGUGGUGAGUACAUGGAAUGGGCUGCUGCCGGAGGCGGAAACGAUAGGGUCUUUUAAGAUACUCCUGGAUGGCUACAUGGAGUUUAGAUUAGAGGGCUAUGGUAAAGCCUAGGUAGUUCCAAGGUAGGGGCAUGUUCGGCACAGCUUUGUGGGCCGAAGGGCAUGUAUUGUGCUAUAGGUUUCCUAUGUUUCUAACUUUGGAGGUCUAACACCUCAGGUCAGAACUUGGCUGUAUAUCUACACCUAAAGGACAAGGGACACACCUUUGAUGAUAACAGCGUGCACAGGUGGUUUGAAAGAAGGGUUAAAGAAGUCAUUUUUUGUCAAACUGGAAAAACCAUCCCUGAACAGAGGAGGUGAGGUAUGACGCCCCCUAUUAGCUACUUACAACGCAGUCCUGAUACCUCUACCCCAGCAUUUCCACAACAGCUCACACCUCCGUUCAUGCAGACUAAUGACCCUCUCAUUACCUCUACAUGUGAUUGCUAUACCGUUAAACAACUCAGUUUAUAAACUGGAAAAAUAACCACCAUGGAUUAGAACUGAAGAAGACUGAUAAACAACCAAUGUGCAACAGAUAAAUUGUGCGAAUAAUAAAAAACAAAUAAAUAAAAACUGAGAACAUGAGCUGUAGAGUCUUUGAAAGUGAAUCUGUAGAUUGUGGAUUCAUUUAGCGUAGAGGUGUUUGACGCUGGUUCAAGAGCCUGAUGGAUGUAGGGCGAUUGUUCCUGAACCUGGAGCUGUAGGGCUUAAAGCUCCAGUACCUCCUGCUUAAUGUUAGAAGUGAGAAAAGAGCGUGGCCUGGAUGAUGGAUGCUGCGUUCUUGCGGUAUUGCUUCUUGUAAAUGUGCUGGAUGAUGGGGAGAGGUUUGCCUGCCAUGGACUGUGCUGGUAUCCACCACUUCGCCGUUCUUGGGCAUCGGUGUUUGCACAGCAGGCCGGGAUACUCUCCACUGUGCACCUGUAUAAAUUUGUCAAAGUUUGUAUAGUAUUUUAGUGCAAACCUGCCCAAGCUCCAUCAUAGCAAGACAAAGGCAACGAUGGUUUUGACACCUGAAGUGUUGCAUCCCCAUCAAAUUGUCGGACUGUGUUUAAAACGUAAGGGAGGCUGUGGACCCCUGCCACUGUUUCACGGUGCUCCGUGGCGGAAGCGCGCAGUGGGAUACCCCGCCUCCCGCAUUCCUCUCGCGCCGGGAAACGCCGUGACGCGCGGUGGAGGUGGGCGGGGCUGCCGACGUGCUCCGCGGAACGAGCCGAUAUUAUGGGAUGUCGGAUGGGGGAGGAAUGGCGCUGGGCGCGUGAUUUUGAACAAACGCUCAGUGUCCCGGCGACCAGAGCCGAGUGAGAGGGUCGCCCGCCCGCCCGAGGCCUGCGGUCCGCCGCCGCCGCCGCCCCGCUCUGAAAGCCGUAGUUAUAUUCUUGGCUGCGCUGGUGUCCGGCAACUGUAGCAUUCAUGGAGUUUUGUCUGAGCUUUUGGCCGUAUUUUGUGUGUUGAAGUCGCUAUAGUGCAGUUGAGAUUUUACUUGCCGCAGGUAAGUUGUUGCUUUGUAACUUUGGGUGGCUGGGGAUUGCGACAACGGCAUCGGACACUUGCUUGUGGGCUUUGUUUGGAAAUGUUAUUUCCUGUCGAGUUUUCUUCGCGGUUUUUUUUUCGUAUUUUGUCUGUCUCUCAGGCUCGCACAGGCCUUGCCUUCCUCUGGAAAUAUGAUGACGAGGUGAAAAUGGCGGAGCUUUCGAAAUGCAAUCCCUGCCUAAUAAUACACUCGAGCUCGAUCCAAAAAGCUCGACCUGAGUUUCGUUUCUCCCGGCUUGCGAACCGUGACAUGAAACAUUCCACCAGCUUUUCGUUUAUCGGGGCCAGUUUUCAUUGCAAUCGUAGAGUGUAAAUAAAGGCCUGCCGUUCAGUCUUUCAUUUGUAGAGACGUGGCUCUCCAAGACGCAAUAACGUGUGACAAGAUUCCGCCUCGAAGAGACAUCUUUAUCUUCUCCACUGCCAACUGUAAACUAGAAGAACAGCACUUCAGUAGUCUACAACUGAAUGGUAUGAAUAUUGAGUUUUCCAGUUUCAGAUCCCAAUAAUUGUUGUCUACAGAGGAAAUGUCAUUGUGGAAAGAUUGGAUAAUAUCAACAUGUAACCACAAAAGAUAUUUUGGAGCAGAUUAUCUAGGCCUUACUAAGCAUCUACAGUAUUAAGAUGGAAGUGGUAUCAGCUGAAGUGAUUAGCCUACUUCCCGAGGAGAUAAUGGACACUACUGUUGACGAAGAUGACAGUAUUGAGGCUGUCACAAUAACAUCAGAGCAUGAGGAUUUAGUUGCCAUGGAAACUGAAUUGGAGGAAAUGGUACAUUCAGAUGAAGGCAAGAACUCACAGGUUUUGUCAAGCCUUGCAGAUCAUGUUACUGUGUUGACAAAUAGUAGUACUCCACUUAUUUUAAGUGACUCGUUGCAAAAAAUGGAAGUAAAUCCUGACAGUGCAUCACAGUCUACAAGUAAUAUUAGCAACCCAAGUACAGCUGCUGGAACUAAAGCAGAAAAUCAGGUUGCUCUUAAUCCAGAAUCAGAACCCUCUGAUCUUCCCACUUCAAGCCAGCCUGUUAAAUCGGAGACAGUAGGACAACAGUUUGUAGUGACUACACUAGGAAAGCCCCGACAGUCCAUCGUACUUUCAUUGCCACCAAGUCAGUCAACCCACCUUCAAGUCCAAUCACAGUUUCAAGGUGUAGAUCCACAGGUGCAGAAACAAAUCAAGAUGGUUACUCUUGGUGAAAAGUUUGAUGGCAAGACCGGAGUUGGAACAUCAAACACUUUGGGUCCUGGGAACUCAUUAAAUGCAUCAAUCCAGCCAACACAAAAUCAAUUCAAAACAUUGCAGAUCGCUAAGAAAUGCACAUCCACUUCUGCUGCAGCACCAAUUAUCACAAAAGUCAUCAUUGCCAAACCCAUCCACAACAAGAACAUUAUAACAGGUAAAGUUCUUCCUCAGAACGCAGUUGGAACAGCCCCAAAUGCCAUUACAGUUUCUGAAGCUGUUAGUGGAGCCAGUCUCAUUUCUGCAGCACAGCAGACAUCCAACAAGAUAGCCAUCUCUCCACUAAAGUCCCCAAAUAAGACAGUGAAACCUACAGUCCAGACACUAUCUAUGGGACCAAUGAAUGCCACCCAGUUCAAGACCAUCAUCCCUUUGGCAACCCCACCCAAUGUUCACCCGAUUCAAGUACCAGGCAGCAAGUUCCACUAUGUACGCCUAGUUACUGCAACAACGGCUAGUGGCUCCUCACAGGCGGUCAGCUCCACUUCCAGCACCAACACACAGCCUUUAUCACAAGCCAAGACUGUUGUACUGAAUCCGCAAGUUCGCAUGUCUGUUCCAAUUGCACCAGCACAGAAUAUAAAAAAUGUAGUUCCCAAACCAGUUGCCGGCACUCCACAAGUGGUUACCACCAGCCAACCCCAACAGAGACUCAUUAUGCCUGCAACAGCAUUACCGCAGAUCCAACCCAAUUUAACAAACCUCCCACCAGGCACUGUUUUGGCACCAGCCCCUGGAGCUGGCAGCAUGGGAUAUGCAGUAGUCCCAGCUCAGUACGUUACACAGUUACAACAGACCUCCUAUGUUUCAAUAUCUAGUAACAAUGGGUUUUCUGCAACAUCCCACGUUCAGACUCAAGCAAAACUGCCAAUCAAUGGAUCAUCCACAUCAGAAUCAGGAUCAAGGCCUCGGAAACCUUGUAAUUGUACAAAGUCUCAGUGCCUGAAACUAUACUGUGAUUGCUUUGCAAAUGGAGAAUUUUGCAAUAGUUGCAAUUGUACCAACUGUUUUAAUAAUCUGGAUCAUGAAGCUGAGCGGCUAAAAGCAAUAAAGGCAUGUCUUGACAGAAAUCCAGAAGCAUUUAAGCCAAAGAUCGGAAAAGGCAAAGAGGGUGAAUCUGAUAGAAGACAUAGUAAAGGCUGUAACUGCAAGAGGUCAGGAUGUUUGAAAAAUUAUUGUGAAUGCUAUGAGGCAAAGAUCAUGUGUUCCUCAAUAUGUAAGUGUGUCGGCUGUAAAAAUUUUGAAGAGAGCCCGGAGCGGAAAACGCUAAUGCAUUUGGCAGAUGCUGCAGAGGUUCGUGUACAGCAACAGACGGCUGCAAAGACCAAGCUUUCAUCACAGAUUUCUGACCUACUCACCAGAACAACACCAGCUGUUACAAGUGGUGGAGGAAAGUUACCUUUCACAUUUGUUACAAAGGAAGUGGCAGAAGCAACGUGUGAGUGUCUCCUUGCACAAGCUGAGGAAGGAGAGAAAAAUAGCCAAACAAAAGCUGCCACUGAGCGGAUGAUUCUGGAAGAAUUUGGCCGUUGCUUAAUGCAGAUUAUAAACUCAGCGGGCAAAGCCAAAGGAGAUGCUUGUGCCCUGAGCUGCUGAUCCAUUUGUGCUCCACUGCAGGAGCUGAACAGGAAGAACCAUUUAAGAAAAUUCUGCAAAGAUUUUAAAACAAAAACAUGUUUUGGGCUUGCCAUGUUUUACAGCUGUACGGUUAGCAAAGGCUUUCAAUAAGUCAGAUUAUUUCUUAGCAGAUUUUCUGCCAUUUGUCUGACUACGGUGCCUUUUUUAAAUUUCAAAUGCUUAGGAUACAAAAUAGAUUUUAUGAUGUAAAUCAGUGUGAAUAUGCAAAACUUAUGAAGGAGGCACUAUUUUGAAGCUUUUGAUGACAUUUUAGGUGUUUUGCGCCCCUCUAUGCAAGGCUGCUCUCUUUGUCGAUCAUCUGUCACUCAAGAUGUUAGGAUUUCUUUUAGUAUUCUUUCAUCCCCCAGAAUGACAACUAUCUUUUAGUCUGAGCUACAAACUGGAUUUAACAAUGGAAGAACUGUACCCACUGUUAAACAACCUCUCGGAAAUGACUUUCAACAAACUCUACAAGGAUCAAGUUUUUGAUACAAGGACUCUGUUUUAAAAUAUGUGUUGGGACUGUGGGUGAAAAUUAGAUUUUAAGUGGCUGAAAAGCUUAGCAUUAUGUGUGAUUGUUUUUUUGAUAAUAUAGAUGUACAUACCCUUACUUUUGGGUUACACCAUUACUUGUUUCAGAGCACAUUGAUAAUACGUUAACCUACAAUUACUAAUUGCUAGAUAUUGCUUGACUUCAGUGGUGCUUUAUCACACUCGUGAUCAAUUCAAAACUGCGCCUUUUGGAACUCUCUAGGUCAUCGGUUCUCUUGAUAGUUGACCACUUGAAACUUCUGCUGGUGAGUAGUCUCACCUCAAACCUGCCAAUGGACUAGACUGCAGGAUGGCUCAGUACAGUGUGGUGUGAGGGAUUUUCGGGUCCUCCCACACAAAUUGCCCUUCUUAGGCAUUUCUGCCAUGAGACAAGUGCCCAUGCAGAAGCAUAGCUGGUUUCUUGCCAAAAGGGCAGAUUGGAGUAAUGAGGCAUUCCUGGUUUAACUUAACAGUAUUGGCUGUGGUGUUGAAACAACAUCUCAAUUAUGAAUGGCUGUCUUAAAAGGGAGAAACAAAUGUAAUGGUAAUCUGUUUAUCUUUCAUGUCUUUGAGAGUUACUCUAUCAAAUAUAGGUGAUCCAACAUUGUGGAAAAAAAACACUUUUUUAAUGUAACUAUUUUAUUUUCUAUUAAAGCAUAUUUGCACGUC